CGCAACAAAAACUCUGAGACAGACAGUGUGGUCAAAAUGCAGGCAAAAAAAUUAGAUCUUUAACUUCGUCUAGGUUGUUACUUGUAGCCACUUUUCUUGUCUGAUUCGGUACUGGAAUUUGAUAGAACGAAAAAUCAGAAUCUUACAAAAAGGUUUUUACUAAAAUUUAAUGUUUGGACAGCGAAUAAUUUGAAAUGCCGGGUUACAUAUAGCUUACUGCUUAUCCAUUGGCAGUUUGGCUAAGAGAGGCUAGUCAUUCAUAGCAAUUUAAAAGGCUUGUUUGGCUUAAGUUUUGUGGGAUUGUUCUUCAAUCAGAACUUGGCAAGUUAGUGAAAAGCGGUCUGUUAUUAAUUCAACCUGAGAGCUUGUGAGUCUAUUCUCAUACUUGUACGGGUUAGAAUUGAACUUUGACAUCUUAUUCAAAGCAGGUUGCUCGUUUCUGCAAUCUGAUAUUUUAUGAAUAUUUUCUGAACCUUUCAGGAAAGUAUUUGAUGAGAUGGUUAGCCAAACAAGAUCAUCAUUUCUGUAAUGAAAAAGUUUGUGAAUUCAAUCUUUAUCUUUCAUGAAGGCAAAGUCAAACGUUGGCAGCUUACCCAAAGGACGUGGAUCAUUGGUGUAACUUGAAAGUUUGUGAAUUCAAUCUCAACCUGAGUAGAACAGAAUCAGAGCUUAGCAGCUUAGCCAAGGGAGGUGGAUCAUUCAGUGGGGCUGGAAAGCUUGUGGGUUUGUUUUCAACACAAAAAUAAAUUUGAAGUGCAAUAGGAGGGGACAGGGGCAAUGGAGAAAAAAGAUAGAGAGGUGGUUGAGGAACAUGGAACCGAAAGUUCAGAGAUUCAAGGAAUUUCAUUCAUAAAGCUUUUCUUUUUUGCAGAUGCAUAUGACUAUAUGCUCAUGAUUAUUGGAACUGUUGCAUCGGUGGUUCAUGGUAUUGUUUGGCCAGCUUUCUUCGUCUUGUUGGGAGAUAUAGUCAAUGCCUUUGGAACAAAUCAGGAGGAUUCUUCUGAGAUGGCCAAGACGGUUCGCAAGUUCAGUGUAUACCUUGUUGGUGUGGGAGCUGUAUCUUUUAUAACCUCGUGGGCAGAAGUAGGAUGCUGGAUGCAUACUGGGGAGCGACAGGCCGCAAGGGCCAGGUACAAGUAUUUAGAAGCCAUAUUGAGACGCGAUGUGGCCUUCUAUGAUAUGGAUGUUAGAUCUGGAAAAAUAGUACAUAGCAUUUCUGAAGAUACACUCCUCUUCCAAGAGGCCGUCAGUGAAAAGGUUAGUGUGUUUAUUCAGUUCUUGGCAACUUUUGUUGGAGCUUUUGUGGUUGGAUUUUAUUCAGUAUGGAGAGUGGCUGCUGUGACCAUUGCUGUGCUGCCACUCAUGGUGCUUGCUGGAAUAAUGUAUUCUUAUUCUCUCCAAGGAUUAACUUCCAAGAGUCAAAAAGCAUAUGAAGAUGCAGGAGCCAUUGCAGAAGAGGUGGUUGGACAGGUCAGAACGGUGUAUUCAUUUGUAGGUGAGAGGAGAGCCAUUAAUUCUUAUUCCAAAGCCUUGGAGGCAGGUCUUAAAUUUGGCUAUAAAAGUGGGCUUGCAAAAGGAGUAGGCAUGGGAGUGACCUAUGGCGUUAUGUUCUGUGCUUGGUCUCUGGUUCUCUGGUAUGCAGGGGUACUAGUCAGAAACCACAAAGCCCAUGGUGGGAAAUGUGUCACUGCAAUUUUUGCUGUUAUGAUGGGUGGAAUUUCGUUGGGAAAUUGCUUCUCCAACUUCAAUACAUUUAGCAAGGGGAAGGUGGCGGUGGCAAAAAUUAUUGAUAUGAUUAAUACCAGCAAAAUAUCAAAAAAUUCCAUUAAUAGCUGCACUGAUGGCUUGAAGCUUGCUGAAGUCAGAGGUGAGAUCCAGAUUCAGAAUGUGGACUUCAGCUAUCCUACCAGACCUAAUGUAAUGGUUCUCAAAAAUUUCAGUCUCCAAAUUCCUGUGGGUGAGACAGUAGCUCUGGUUGGUAGCAGUGGAUCUGGUAAAAGUACCGUUGUCUCCCUCAUAGAGCGUUUCUAUGACCCUAUAGAAGGGAAAGUGCAACUAGAUGGGCAUGACUUGAAAACUCUUCACAUAAAAUGGCUACGAGAUCAAAUUGGGCUUGUCAGUCAGGAGCCUGUGCUCUUUGCUACAACCAUACUUGACAACAUUCUAUAUGGAAACAAUUUGGCUACUCUAGAGCAGGUCAUGGAGGCCGCCAAGGCUGCAAAUGCACACAAUUUUAUUAGUGACCUGCCGGAUGGUUACCAUACUCAGACUGGUGAGAGAGGUAUCCAGCUUUCUGGGGGUCAAAAGCAGAGAGUAGCCAUUGCAAGAGCCAUGCUGAAGAAUCCAAAGAUUCUUCUGUUGGAUGAAGCCACAAGUGCAUUGGACUCGUCUUCUGAGCACGUAGUGCAGGAGGCAUUGGAUUUUCUUAUGCUGGGAAGGUCUACAAUUGUAAUAGCUCACCGCCUGUCCACUAUCAGGAAUGUAAAUACAAUAGCAGUUGUACAGCAAGGGAGGAUAGUAGAAAUGGGAAGUCAUCAAGAAUUGAUUGCCAAAGGAGAGGCCGGUAACUAUGCAUCGCUUGUGAGAUUGCAAGAAAUAGCAAUGGUUAAGGGUGGAACGAUAGUCAGUCCAAAAGAAGACAAGUCAAGAAGCUCAAUAUCCGAUUCAGUAAAAGGUACUGAAAGGCUCAGCAAUGUGUUUUCUAAAGAAAAUACAACCAGAGAUUUAGCUCCAGAUGAGAUGGGCCAUCAAUCUCAGGGAUCAAAUUUCUACAGGUUGUGGAAAAUAAGCUUAUCUGAAUGGAAAUAUGCCAUUCCUGGUUUUAUGGGAUCUGUGUUGUCUGGAUUCCUUCUUCCAAUCUUUUCCAUGAUGAUCAGCCAAAUUGCCAGAUUAUACUACUACUCCGAUUAUGAUUUGAUGGGAAGGAGAAUCGCAAUGUAUGCCUUGAUCUUUGCUGGCGUAGGGAUAGCUUCAUUUGGGAUCCAUAUUCUGCAGCAUUACUUCUUGGGAGUCAUGGGAGAGAAUCUAACAAAAUGGGUCCGUAUCCAAAUGUUUCAAGUAAUUCUACGAAAUGAAAUUGGAUGGUUUGAUCAGGAAGAGAAUAACAGCAGCCAAGUGGUCUCACGUUUGGCCUCGGAUUCAUUUACCGUCAGAUCUGCCAUUGUUGAACGUGUUUCUAUACUCAUCCAAAAUACUACCACGCUGCUCACCAUUUUCACUCUAUGCUUUAUAAUGCAGUGGAGAAUCGCUUUCGUUGUACUGGCUACCUUCCCUCUUCUCGUUCUCGCAGCCUUUGCAGAGAAUCUUGCCAUGAAAGGAUUUGUGGGAGACAUAGCCAAAGCUCACAGCAGAGCCACUAUGGUAGCUGGGGAGGCAGUCAGCAACAUCAGAACAGUAGCAGCAUUCAAUGCAGAACAAAAAGUCCUAAACUCAUUCCAUGAUAAGCUCAGAAGCGUGGAGAACCAAAUCUUGGCCCGUGCCCAAAUUUCUGGUUUUAUAUAUGGCCUCUCCCAAAUGUGCAUGUAUUCUUCCUAUGCCCUGGCCCUCUGGUACGGCUCCCAAUUGAUUAAGGACAACAUCACAGACUUUGGGAAUGUGAUAAGAAUAUUUGUUGUAGUAAUCUUUGGUGCAGUAGCCAUUGCAGAGACCCUGAGCCUUGCACCUGAUAUCAUCAAGGGUGGUCAGGCCCUCGAUUCGGUUUUUCAGACUUUGGACAGAAAAACCCAUAUUGAUCCAGACAGUCCAGAAUACAGUUCGAUGCAGAUAAAAGGUAACAUAGAGUUCAAGUCUGUAGAAUUCCACUACCCGACCCGCCCACAAGCAACCAUUUUCAAGGACCUGAAUUUGUCUAUACCAGCUGGCCAGAGCCUGGCCCUGGUUGGACAGAGUGGGUCAGGCAAAAGUUCCAUCAUUGCUCUCAUAAUGCGGUUCUACGAUCCAGUCUUUGGAAAGGUUGUGAUAGAUGAGACUGACAUCAGGGAGCUGAAUCUGCGGGCUUUGAGGCAGCACAUUGGCUUGGUACAACAAGAGCCUGCACUGUUUGCCACUUCAAUCAGAGAAAACAUCUUAUAUGGCCAGGAGGUGGGUGAAGCUUCAGAGGAAGAUAUGAUCCACGCGGCCAAAGCCGCCAAUGCAGACGAAUUCAUCAGUUCCUUACCAAACGGUUAUGAUACCCUAGUAGGGGAACGGGGCACACAGUUGUCAGGGGGACAGAAGCAGCGGGUGGCCAUUGCUAGAGCAGUGUUGAAGAAUCCACGCAUUCUUUUGCUAGAUGAGGCCACCAGUGCCUUGGACAUGGAUUCUGAGAAGGUAGUUCAAGAUGCCUUGGAUAAGCUUAUGGUGGGAAGAACUACAGUUAUGAUUGCACAUAGACUUUCUACCAUAAGGAAUGCGUCAACCAUUGCCGUCGUCGAGGAGGGAAAGAUUGUGGAGGAAGGGUCACAUUCUCAGUUAGUCUCUAAACCCAGCGGCUCUUACUCGCGCUUGCUCAGCAGUCAGAAGUUUUAAUAUCGAAAAUAAUCAAGCAAGUUGAAUUGCAUAAUUCCAAAGCAACAAUAGAGCCUAUCUGUCUUCUUUCAGAGGAGAAGUGAUCCUGUAAAGGAUACCUGAAUAUAUCAAUAGAGUCUAUGUGUCUUCUUUCAGAGGAGAAGUGGUUGUGUUAAGAAAAAUCUGAAUAUACCAAUAGAGUCUACGUGUCUUUUUUCGGAGUAGAAGUGGGUGUGUUAACAAUAUCUGAAUAGACCGGCAGAGUCUAUAUGUCUUCUUUCAGAGAGGUGGUCGAAUGCAGAAUAUCUGAAUCUACCUGCACAUCCAAGCAACAAGCAGCUCUAAGUUACAUUACAUAUUAUGCCUCUUCUGUAGGUGUACUUUGGGUCAAUGACUAUCAAAAUUACAAAUAUGCUUAUUCCCUUAUGCUUCCAUCUACAUUUUGUGUUGUGAUUUUGAAUAGCUACAUUUUUUUUCUCUUAUAAGUAUAUUUUGUUCAGGGGAAUUUUGUAGUCUUACUUUUCUGCUGUUAGGACUUAUGUUCAAAUAAAUUUUAAAUUCUUAUUCCUUGUAAAAAGACA